GCAGUUGUCUGUGACAACGUGCAGAUCAGAGAGCACUCCCUUUGGCAUAAUGUGAUGCAGUACUACUGAAGUCAGAGAUGUCAGUGGUCGCUUUGGAGCCACACAGCAUGAGCAGAAAGUUUUUGUACAGCAUUGUGUUCCUGUUUUAUCUUGUGUUCCUGUGAUCUUUUACAAAUAACUUAAAUAUCUGAAACGUACAAAACGAGACAACAAAGUGUGACUUUGAUGUUGACAGAGAUGGCAACCAUUCGGAAGAAGCUGGUGAUUGUCGGGGAUGGAGCAUGUGGGAAAACAUGUCUUCUCAUUGUUUUCAGUAAAGACCAGUUUCCUGAAGUCUACGUCCCGACAGUGUUUGAGAACUACAUCGCUGAUAUCGAGGUUGACGGAAAACAGGUGGAGUUGGCGCUGUGGGAUACUGCGGGCCAAGAGGACUACGACAGGUUGAGGCCUCUCUCUUACCCUGACACAGAUGUCAUCCUCAUGUGCUUCUCCAUCGACAGCCCAGACAGUUUAGAAAAUAUCCCUGAGAAGUGGACGCCUGAGGUGAAGCACUUCUGUCCCAAUGUUCCUAUCAUCCUGGUGGGGAACAAGAAGGACCUGAGGAAUGAUGAGCACACACGGAGAGAGCUGGCCAAGAUGAAGCAGGAGCCGGUGAAGACUGAAGAAGGCAGAGACAUGGCCGGCAGGAUCAGUGCUUUUGGCUACUUGGAGUGCUCUGCCAAGACCAAGGAUGGCGUGCGGGAAGUGUUUGAGAUGGCCACUAGAGCAGCGCUGCAGGUCCGCAAGCGCAAAAAGAGAGGCGGCUGCACGCUGCUGUGAGCAGUCGACGCGCCAUAAAAUCCACUGACCAAUAGGAGAGAGAAAAAAAAAUCACUUGAAAAGGACUGACCUUUUACCAAAUUGCAUCUUUGUACUGUAUCUCACAUUUCACAAUAACAGGCAGGCAGAUGAAUCGAAUGCAAACAAACCGAAUACAGGAAAUUUACUUAUUCUAUAUUACAACCGUGGUUAGAAAUUGAUGUUUAAAGUUGCUCGUUGAUUUGCAUUUUUUCCCCUCCCAAACUCUGUCUUUACACAAUGUUUUCCUAUUUAGUUUUUCUUUAUUUGUAACAUAACGAGGCAGUGACAGAUGCACAUAUUUGUUUGCAAUAUUAUUCUUCACGAGCUUGAGCAAGCAUUAUCCUUCCUAGCUUGUAUAAAGUCUUCAUGAGUAAGGUCCAGACUGUCCUGUUAGUAUCACUUCUGUUUAUCAUGGUAGUCCUGAUCUUUGGAUCAUAAGAGCUAGUGCCUUUUUCUUUCUUUCUUUUAAGUUUGUACGACACUGUACUUCUCAUGCUUGUCAGCUAGCUUACGUUUCAGCUGAGGGGCUCUCCAUUGUACUGUAGCUAGUGCUGUCAUUGUGAAACCUGAGCAAAGCCAUAACUAGGGUUUUCAGUAGCUGCCUCAUGUAAAAGUAAUUAGAGAUAAAAUCGGAUUAUUCACAUGCAUCCUUCAUAACUAUUGUUAAUCUGUGCAGUGGAAUUAGAUGGGGGGUGAGAACUGGCCAAUCGAGACACAAAACCAACAUGACUCAACUAUGCACAAUGGCUGUUAGGACCGACAGGGAGCUGAAACAGAAAUAAAAGCCAAAGCCUGGUGAAACUUCCCUUGUUUUUUAUUGCGGUAGUCUGAGUUCAGAUCUUUUUCUGCUACGAUUCAAGUGAAGCGCUCACGCCCGCUGUUGGAAUCCGUGUGUUAGACGGGUUAGAGCUGAUAGCUUCGCGUGUGGAUGUUUCCAGUCGGACGACAUUCUCUACAUGUUUGAGAGGAGCCGAGUUGUUUGAGAGUUUGUGUGGGGGAGUUUGUUUUUUCCCCGGUGCCUUCUCUGUUGUGUGCCUUUUGGUUGUUCUCUCCCAGACCAGAUGGACCAGCUGCUCCAUGCCAACCUGAUACUGACUGACAAGGUCAGGAGUGACCCGACAUGUUUCACAAAGCUCAGUUCUUUGAAUGGCUUCAAACAUAGGCUUGAUUCCACAUGUCAUUAGGUUCCUAAUCUUUCAGUCCUCAUAAAUGUUAAGAUUUAAUCUAAUAAUGCAGUCUCGCCUUGAGUAUCUUGGCAGAUAUAAGAUAGAUUACACCAAUUUACGUUAUGUUACUUUACGUGAAGAAUGAAUCAUGGGAAAAUGACGUAACUUUUAUAAUGUGUUUCUUCAACAUCACUGGAAAAACAUCAGUCUGCAGCCAUAAAAUAGUCUUUGAUGAUUUAGAGUAAUGUAUUACAAAAAAAAAAGUCAGUACAACUGUGGGAAAAUAGAAAAUGGGUUUAUUUAUCUUGUCUACAUUGGUCUUGAUCUUCGCUUCCUGGCAAGAUCCAUUUGAUAUUUCACAUCCCAAGUCAGCAGAAUAUUAAGGGUACACACUGAAUUGUUAAAGCAGCCUUUGGAGACAUGCAGAGACCGUCCACUUGUCCUCUCUUAAUACUUGAUUGUGAUUUUCUCCUAUAAAAUAUAACGGCGUGUUAUACAAUGCUUAAAAGGCCCAGCAACCAUCCUUGGGCACAGACUCUUCACGGCAUUCCUUUUCUUCUGCCUCUGUUGCUCAUUCAUGUACUGUACAUGUCCCUUGGUUGCAUGUUGCUAUCGGUCUAGAAAGAGGUGUGACAUGUGACGUGUGAUAUCUUUGAUGUUGCAUGCAACCUUCUUACAAUGCCAGACAACUAACCUACCCAGCUGGCAGGACCUGUAUCGGUUAUAUUGUAAUGCAACGUUAUACCCUCUACUGGCCAAGCACAUAAUAAUAUAAUACACUUUUAAAAAAGCACUUUUCAAAACAGAGUUACAAAGUGCUGUACAUAGUUGAACCAGGAUUAAAACAUUUCAGGACUUAGGCAAUUUUAGUAAUACAGAAAU